AGCUCCUAGUUAAUUCAGAAUGGGAACGAACGCAUAAGGUCCUGCCGGCUGUGUCAGCACCCGGUGUCUCUAUUAGCGAUAAUCAGCAUAUGUCGAUUAGGCCUAACAUGUCAGAUUAGACCGAACAUCUGCCAGGCUGACAUCCUCGUUGUCUUGACUAACUAAAUCGCUACCUCGGUUGACUCUUUAUUUGAACUUUUGAAGUACGGAGAACAGGAAUACGUGAGUGUUUGGAGCUAGCGUUGGCUAAUUCCUGAUAGCGCAUUAGGAGUCCAUCGUCGCUCCUGUUUGUUGAACUAAUCUUUGGUUUUAGUUUUACCUCGUUUUGAUUUAUGUCGGUAAAGUGGACGCUACAAGGAGGUCUUGUUAUCACUACCUGAGAACUGCUCCGACUCAAGGAGUUAGUAAGAACAGUUGCUUUCCCAUGGAGUAGCUAAGGAGAGCCUCGACUCAAAGGAUAUCCUGCGCCCCGUCCUGAAACCCUCCCGCUCCGGCUGCCUCGUACAACCAUGACCCUGGGGACUGUAGCCUCCUCUACGAGCUCGGCACCAGGCUGCUUCUGCUCCUGUUGCGGGGCAAAAAUGGUGCCAUACUUCUCGGAGAACGCCGUUGUAUCUCAAAACCAGAUUAACCAACUCAUCAGUGAAAACUUCCUGACUGUGAAAGGUGCUGCCCUCUUCCUGCCCCGCGGAAAUGGCUCCUCACCAUCAUCAGUGCCCCGCAUCGCACAGCGGCGGAACAAACACACAGGUGACCUCCAACAGCAUCUACAGACAAUGUUCACCCUGUUACGGCCAGAGGAUACUAUCCGGCUGGCGGUGCGUCUGGAGAGUGCCUAUCCCCAGUGCACGCGCUACAUGGUGGUGGUGUCCACCAACGGCCGGCAGGACACGGAGGAGAGUGUCGUGCUGGGCAUGGACUUCAGCUCCUCAGACCGUGUAUGCACUGUUGGGCUGGUGCUGCCUUUAUGGAGUGACACUCUGAUACACUUGGAUGGUGAUGGUGGGUUUAGUGUGUCCACCGUCAACAGGGUCCAUGUCUUCAAGCCCGUCUCUGUCCAGGCCAUGUGGGCGGCGCUGCAGUCCUUACACAAGGCGUGCGAUGUGGCGCGCUGCCACAACUACUACCCGGGCAGCCUGUUCCUGACCUGGGUCAGCUACUACCAGAGCCGCGUGGCCUCGGACCAGGUGUGCAUCAACGAGUGGAACGCCAUGCAGGACGUGCAGUCGCACCGCGCCGACUCCCCCGUGCUCUUCACCGACGUGCCAACGGAGCGGGAACGCACCGAGCGCCUGAUCAAGAUGCGCCUGCGAGAGAUCAUGAUGCAGAUGGACCUGGAGAAUGUCACCUCCAAACAGAUCCGCACAGAGCUGGAGAUGCAGAUGACGUGUAACCUCCGCGAGUUCAAAGAGUUUAUCGACAACGAGAUGAUCGUCAUCCUGGGCCAGAUGGACAGUCCCACGGAGAUCUUUGACCACGUCUUCCUGGGUUCCGAGUGGAACGCGUCUAAUCUGGAGGAACUGCAGAACAGUGGGGUCCGCUACAUCCUGAACGUGACAAGGGAGAUUGAUAACUUCUUUCCUGGCCUGUUUGAGUACCACAACAUCCGCGUGUACGACGAGGAGGCUACCAACCUCUUGGAAUACUGGAACGACACUUACAAGUUCAUCUCCAAGGCCAAGAAAGCCGGAGCCAAGUGCCUGGUCCACUGCAAGAUGGGCGUGAGCCGCUCGGCCUCCACCGUCAUCGCCUACGCCAUGAAGGAGUACGGCUGGGACCUGGAGCGCGCCUUCGACUACGUGAAGGAGCGUCGCACCGUCACCAAGCCCAACCCCUCCUUCAUGAAGCAGCUCGAGGAGUACCAGGGCAUCCUCUUGGCCAGCAAGCAACGGCACAACAAGCUGUGGCGCUCCCACUCGGACGGCGACCUGUCCGAGCCGCUGGCCAAGUCGCUGGAUCACUCGGACCCGCUCAACAACAACGGGCCGGCCUCGCUGCAGCACUUCCUGGGCAUGGCCGUGCUGCAGGCCCUGGGCGCCGAGCCGCCGGCCCAGCAGGAGCACCUCGCCGACGGGGACGGCGUCCGCACGCGCAGCCCCUCGCCGCCCACCUCCAACGGCCUGUGCGACUCCACGGAGCACCUGGCCACCUCCUCCUCGGCCUCCGUGUCCAUCUCGCUCUCCUCGUCCGCCUCCCACGCCGUCUCCUCCUCCUCCGAGGACCCCUUCCUCCCGCCUCUGCCCCGGCCGCGGGCGGCCACCGUGGUGCCCAAGGCGCGGCUGGACGUGGCGGCGUUCAUCGUGGCCGAGACGGUCCCGGCGGCGCGCCCCCACCCGCCUCCCUCGCUCCACGUCCUGCCCCCGUCGCCCUCCCCCGAGCCCCGGCCCGACAGCGCCGACUCCGGCUCCGUCCUCCACCGCCCCCUGACGCCGGCCGGCUCCACCAGCCCUGACCUGCCCGUGGACGAGGCCGACGGGAGCGUGAGCGUCAGCGAGAGCGCUGUCCAGUUAUCUUAUCAGGAAGAGCAGCAGCAGCAGGAGCAGCUGGCCCAGGAGCCCAGCAUCACUGACAGCCUGCAGCUGUCUCUGGACACUCUCAGCGAGGGCGUCGGGGGGCCCGCUGGACUGCCCUCCUCCUCCUCCACCGCCGCCAACACGCCCAUGGCACUCAGCCCCCUCAGCCCCACGGGAUCGGCCCUCUCGCUCUCGCUGGACCCUCACCACGGCAACGAGGACGACGAUAGCAACAACAAUAACAUCGGCGGCCACCUGCACGCCGGCGACAGCGCCGACGAGGUUCCGUGCGGCAGCUUGCCCGAGAUGACCACCCAGAGCGGCUCGUCCAGCCUCAGCACCGACAGCAUCGACUUCUUCAGCGCCCGCGAGAAGUUCCUGGGGCUGUCGCAGGACGGCGUCCUGACCCGACCCGAGCCCUCCAGCUCCCCAAGGGCCGGUCAGUCCCGCUGCCCCAGCCAGGACCUGCCGCAACAGCCACAGGACGAGCAGGAGCACAGCCCAGCUCCAUCGGACAACAGCCAGGCAAAGGGUUCUCCUCAGCCUGAAGAUGUCUGCAGCCCUGUCGGUGACCCCCACCCGGAUAACGGCGUUUCGGUCCGGCACAUGGUGACGGAGCUGGAGUCCAUCUCCCACAUCCAGCUGCCCCUCCAGCAGCAGCCAGCGCCACGCAGCCCCCAGCACCCGCCCCCGCACAGCCCCGACGGUGCCCCCGAGCUGCCCUCCACGCCCUCUCCCCCUCCCCCUGCUCUGCAGCCUCCCUCCCCCACCACCCCCACCCGCAACUGGGCCACCGGGUCGGUGCGCCGCGUCCGCAAGCAGCUGGAGCAGAAGCUCCGUCAGCAGGAACUGGACUGCCCCGUGCCGGCCUGUGCACCGGCGCCCGUCUCCUCCUCCUCCUCCUCCUCCUCCCCACAGCCCGCACCAUCAUCAUCAUCAUCAUCGUUGUUGUCGUCCACCUCCUCCUCCCCUGGCCCCGAGCACCGCACCUCCUCCCCCCGGCCGGGCGCUGCCCCACUGGACGAGGCCUGCACGGAGCCGGAGGAGGCCCGCUGCGGCGAAGCAGCACCUGUGGAAGAGCAGGAGGAGCGACUCCCACUCCAUUUGGACUCUGGUGCUCUCCCUGAGCCUCCCUUACUGCCACCCCCACAGUCAUCCUCCUUCCCUGCGUGCCCAGAGAGCGGCACCCACUGCCACCUCCCCACGCCCCCGGCCCCAGAGUCGAGCGCCCAGCCCGGGCUGCUGUGGCUGGAGGGCGUGACGGAGAUGGAGACGGACGCCGACGGGCCGAGCUCGCUCCUCCUGCCCCAGGGGACGCAGCCGUACAGCCGGCUGGCGCGCAGCAGCGAGGACCUGGAGAAGAUCCAGGAGACGCUGCGGGAGCUGCAGGCCUUCCUGUACGAGGCCGGAGGGGCCCGGGGCCCCGAGACGGAGCCCGGCCGCGGUUCCUCGGAGCAGGGCGAGGACGAGCGACGGGCGCCGCCGCAGGGAGAGCCCCGCGGUCCGGCCGUGUGGCAGCGCGCCAUGGAGAUCGAGGCGCGCAUCCGCCAGGCGGGCCUCACGCCGCCCUCGCUCAUGAAGCGCUCGGCCUCGCUAGCCAAGCUGGACUGCCUGGAGCUGUCCACGCACGACCUCAGCAGCUGGGACUUCCACGCCGGCGCCUGCCCCGCCCCCUCCUCGGACUAUCACCCGCAGCAGCAGCAGCAGCAGCUGUCCCCCCUGGCGCCCUCGCUGUCCCUCUCCCCGUCGCUGGUUCACCCCGUGCACGACGAGGCCUACAAGAAGCAGCGCGUGCUGCACCAAAGCCCCCCCAGUAGCCCCCGGCCUGGACUCUGCGUCCAGGAAGAAGCGGGCAGGACUGCCGCGAGCCCCUCCAGCCCCCCCUCCCCGCCCCCCUGCCCACAGCACAGGUCCAAGGGCCGCGCCUCGGCUCCGGACCACGCCCACGCCCACGCCCACCCGCAGCCCUCCCAGCACGGGAAGCCACACCCGCUGCGGCGCCUGCGCAAGGCGGCAGAUAAAAAGCGGACAGUGACUGUGCUUUACAACACCAUGUGACCCUUACCUGAGGCCCCAGAGACUGCACUAGGGGCCUAGCUGUGUGUAGAAAUGUAUGUGUGUGUGUGUGUGUGUGUGUGUGUGUAUGUGUGUACAUGGGUUAUACAUGGGUUGUAUGUAUGCAAGUGUGUGGAUGGAUGGAUGUGUGUGUGUGUAUGUGAGAGUGUGGUGUCGGACUGUUUCAAAUUCAAUCUCUGGAUCAGUGUGGACUGUAGCUGUUUUUUUAUCUAUUUUUUAUCCGGUUUUAUCUAUUUGUUAUUAUUGUGUGUGUGUGUGUGUGUGUGUGUGUUGAACAGAAAGUGGUGUCCCAGUGAAAUGAAAAUGAGGCUGUUUUUAUCAUGCACUUUAUUCUUUCCUUUUAGAUUUUUUUUUUUUUCAUUUUUGUUGUAUAGGAUAUGAAUAAAGUUUUAGUUAUUGCCUA